AGACCUCAACCCCACCUCAUCAUCAUCACCUCCCAACAUUCUCUCUCUCUCUCUCUCUCUCUCUCUCUCUCUCUCUCUCUCUCUCUCUCUCUCUCUGUGGAAGAGAUACAAAAGGAGAAAAGGGAGUGGUGCUGUUCCCAUUUCAAAGGGGAAAGUAAACGCAUAUACCUUUCUUCAGCAUAAUCUUUCUCUCACCUUCGUUUCUCCUGCUCCGAAGGCUGCUCAGGUUGGCGGGUGCAGCUGACUUCAUGCACACAAGUUUUCUUGAAUAUGCAAACUUCUUAUGGUGAUACAAAAACCCUAAAAAGAUGCAGAAAGUUUGUUGGCCUUACUUUGAUCCCGACUUCGAAAACCUCCGCGAGAGGAUAUAUGGCCCUACCUGCAGAGUUAGCAUUGAUAAUGAAAGCAUGGAAGAUUGCACAGUGAUUAAGGUCGAUAGCGUAAACAAGCAAGGGCUGCUCCUGGAAGUUGUCCAAGUGUUGACGGACAUGAACCUGUCCAUCUCCAAGAGCUACAUUUCUUCUGAUGGGGGAUGGUUCAUGGAUGUUUUUUACGUUAAAGAUGAGCAUGGAAACAAAAUUGGAGACCAGAGAGUCAUCGACUAUAUUCAGCAGGCCAUUGACACAACAAGGGAAACUUCCAGCUCAGCAUCACCAUCGUCACCGAAAGCCAAGGCCAAAGUAUAUACCAACAGCACUCUACUGUUGUCCGAGCAUUACAAUGAGCAUACGGCCAUCGAGAUGACUGGGACAGAUCGGCCGGGACUCUUCUCAGAGAUCUCAGCCACUCUAGCCGACCUCCACUGCAACAUUGUCGAAGCUCACGCAUGGAGCCACAACACCCACCUCGCUUGUGUUGCCUACAUUUCGGAUCAGCGCACCAACACCCCAAUCAAAGACCGGAGUCGGCUUGCCACAAUCGAAGACCACCUCACCAUGGUGCUCCGAGCAAACCAAACAUCCGGUUCACAGAGGGCUGCUCCACCAAACCAACGGGAAGUGAAGGCUUCUGAUCUUCAAGGAGGGGAAGGUAUGAUGACGAACGUCGAGCGCCGGUUGCAUCAGCUUAUGCUCUCUGUGAGGGACUUCGAUGAGCCAGCUUCCGAGUCUUCGAGCUCACCAAUCAUACCGAUGGGGUUGGGACCGGAUAGAAAUGGCCAAAAUUUGAGGAUCUCCAUCGAAGAAUGGAAUGAAAAAGGAUAUUCGGUAGUGAACAUCAAGUGCAAGGAUCGGCGUCGGCUCAUGUUCGACACUGUUUGCACGCUUACGGACAUGCAGUAUGUUAUAUUUCAUGCAUCAGCUUGUGCUCGGGGAGGUUAUGCAUAUCAGGAGUAUUUCAUCCGGCAUAUAGAUGGCAGUGCAUUGAGCACAGACAGCGAGAAAGAGCGCGUCAUGAAGUGCUUGGAGGCUGCUAUUGAGCGGCGAGUUUGUGAGGGGUUCAGGCUAGAAUUAUGUGCGAACAACAGAAUCGGGUUGCUCUCCGACAUAACAAGGGUGCUCCGCGAGAACGGACUAGCUGUGGUCCGAGCGGACGUGGAAACACAGGGGGAGAAGGCGGUGAACGCGUUCUACUUGAAGGACAUCUCGGGGAACGAAGUGGACAUGGAGUUCGUGGAUCGCAUGAAGAGAGAGAUGGGCCCUAUAAAGCUCGCCGUGCAGACCGAGACCAAGGGACAGGGCUCGCCCGAGAAGCCGAACACGCCCUUCUCAUCCCUCGGAGGAUUUUUGAAGUCUCGGAUCGAACGGCUCUCCCACAACUUUGUCACCAUCUAGCGAUACGAAAUAUCAAACGCAGCUACUUACAUUCUCUCUAGGCUGUUCCACUAUAUAUUAAUCUUGGGAAGCUGUACAUGAGAGAAGGGCAGAGAAACAAAAGGCCGAUGAAGAGGGAAGAAAUGAAAUGCUGCUAGACGAUUCUUUUAGGCUUGUAAAUAAAGGGACCUUGACAUGGUAGAAUUGUAGAGUCAGUUCUAGAGAAGGCCUUUCAAUUGGGGAACGGAUUGUACAUGAAUAAUCGGCGUUUUCGUUUACCUUGGAUUGUAAAUAAUGGAAGUUGCGAUCGGAAAGUUUGACCA